AUUUACAUACUCACAGCGCCAUCUACUUACUUUCAGUAACAUUACCAUUAGCUGGAUGUUGUGAAUGCUUGAAAUCUAUAUUGUUUUGUGUGUUUGUGCAUUUUGCCUUCAUUCAUCUACCUGUUUUAUUUAAUUUAUUAGUCCAGUUUAUUCUAUUGUCUAUCUUGUAAAAUAAUUAACCAUGGACCAGAUUGACGGUAAUUAUGAGGAAUUCGAAGACUCAUCUUCCCUAGGUCCUCUAAAUGAAGGUAUUUAUAAUAGCCUGGAAGAGGAAAGCCUUCACUUGGAUAAUUGUGACUAUGAGGAGAAGCAUUUUAAUCAUGAAAAGGAUAUGUUGUCUCACAAAUUGUGGACAUCAUUUCAAACUGCUGCGUGCUCAGUUGCCCAAUUGUACAAAGAUAGAGAAAGUGGCCUUACCUAUUGGAUACCAUUUCAAAACGCAGCAACAAAUGUAACCUCACUAUAUAAAGAAUGCAUUGAAUCAAUUAGACGAAAUGCAGAUAUCUAUCUUCAGAUGGGUAUAAAGAAACGCAAUGCUGAGCUGCUAGCCUGGGCCAAAAAGAGAAAACGAUUCAUUCGCCGUGAAGAUUUGAUUGGUUUUCUGAAGGGAGAAAUAACCAAUAUUGAGCAGCAUCAUAAUCAUAGUAAUAAUUACCAUCACCAUCAACAUUUUCAUUAUGCGCAUCAUAGAGAUGGUUCCUGGAACAAAUUACACAGACCCUCACCUACCGUUAUGAUCGAAACGAGCCCAAGUACAACACCAGGUUUUCGAACUCCUUCUCAAACAUUAACUAAUAGUAAUAAUAGUAAUGUUAAUAAUAAUUUAACUCGUUCUUUUGAAACCAAUGAUGUUAAUCCAGAAGAUGGUGAUCUCCAGACAUUUAGGGAAGCACUUGCUAUUUCCGUUGCUGGACUUCGUAGCAGUCAACAAUCAGGCAUAGAUCCCGUUGAUUUUAUUAAUACAUGUACAAAUCGUCGGAAUAGCCAUAGUAAGGUUCUACCAACACCCAAUCUGGAAGCAGCUUCGGCAACUGAAUUGAGUGAAUUUAUAUCCAAUGAAUACUCACGUCAUGUUGAAUCAAGAAAAAGAGUCAAUUCAUCUACAGAUGUCACCAUGGAUUCUCCAACCCAUAAACGUACCCGAUUACUCUGAUUAAAUUAGGGGAACAAAUGAAGGUUUGGAGAAGCUACUUCCAUGCAGAGAAACUGAACUGAAUUUGAAAGAAACACAAAUUAAUGAUAUCCAGAUGAUUUAUUAUGAAGAAUAACAAAAGCUACUUCAAAAUGCUGAACUAAAUGACAGAAUGAAAAAGUGGCAAAUAAACUGGAUUUUAUACCCACAACUUCUAAGAUCGGUUUCAUUUGCUUGCCACCGGGUUUGCAAUUAAUCCAUUCAAUUAUAUUUUAAAACUCGAACUAUGUUCAGUUUCCAGUCAAUCUAACCUGAAAAUAUUGAGAAACAAUUUGAUUUGGACUCGCGCUCUCGUUAAUUGACUUGUGAAAAAAUUACAAUGAAAGAUGCUAUUAUACAUAAAAACUUAUCUCGUCAUGUAAGAUAAAUCAGCUCAGAAUUAAUACACUUUUUCUACUUAUUUUUUA